UGGGCGGCAACCCUUGCAGUCACUAUAAAGACAAGUGAUCCGCUUCCAGGUGUUACCGACUGGGCUGUGUGAAACAUGGAUUCCUACUGCUUCAGACUUAGUGCUGUGCUGUUGCUGGCAGCAACCGGUUUGCUCCUUACAGCAGUUUCUGAUUCUAUGGACCGAGUGACCACCUGUGAUAAUAAUGUGUGGCAAGUCCAUCGCUUGUACUGCGAUCAUGGCGUAAUCAAUGUGACGGGCUCUUUGUAUGGUCGCUCAAACUCGCUGGUCUGUGCUGAGGGCAAAUCUCAUAAACGACUGGCCAACACAAAGUGCAGUCAGCAAGGCACCGUGGACAAAGUCAAGACGAGGUGCAAUGGCAAGAAAUCAUGUGAAUUGGGCCUGAGUGAUUUCCGUACUCCUGAUCCCUGUGUUGGCACCUUCAAAUAUUUGCAGACCAACUUUACCUGCCUGGAUGCAAUUACUGUUGUGACUUGUGAGGGGUCCGUGGCAUACUUGUAUUGUGGUAUGGGACGCGUUAUCACCAUCCAUGGGGCAGACUAUGGCCGCCGCGACCAGACCACAUGCUCAUACAGAAGGGCCCCUCGUGAGCUAAAAAACGUCACAUGCCUGCAGCCAACUGCCCUUGUUGCCCAAAUGUGCAAUGGGAAAUUCAGCUGUUCAGUCACAGCCAGCAAUGCAGUGUUCACAGACCCAUGUAAAGGCACCUACAAGUACUUGGAGAUUUCCUAUGCCUGUAAAUCUCCUGAGGCUAAUCACCAGGCUCUCCUCUAA